GAGUUGCGUAAGUGUGAGGAGCGUGGGGAGCUGCUGCUGCCGGCUCUGUUCUUCCUGCUGGUGGCGCUCUCUGUGCUCCUGUACUUCACCGUCUCACUGAAGGAUCCUGGAUUUGUUCUCAGCGACGCUCAGAAGGACUCUCAGACCUGGGAUGAAGAGUCAGAGGCGAUGAUUCCUCGGCCGUUGACCCCUCAGCUGCGGCGCUGCGGCUACUGUCUGCUGCAGGUAACCAGCUGCUGAUGCAACACCUGCGUUCCUGCAGCUGCUGACCUUUUCUGUGUACAUGUCACUGGUUGGAGUUAGAGAUGUGGUGCUGCUGAGUCACUGCAGGUGUGUGAGAGUUCAGACUGCUGCUCAUCGUUUCCAUGUUCAUUAUUGCAGGUGACAUGACACAGGUUUCCUUCCAUAAUAGAUGCAGCCCUUUGAAUAAACGUAUUUCUUUCCUGUUGAUGUAAAUGUGACAGAAAACAAUCCUCGUUCAAACACAAAGAUUUUCUUAGUAACCGUAGGAGAGCUUUCUGGCCUGGCUGCAUGUAUUCCUGCAGUUUCACUCAUGGAGAUGUCAAAUAAAGACAUGAGACUGUAGCUGCUGCUGAAGCAGGUUUCUGAAUGUACCAGUUUCCUCUGAUUAUAGAAUUCUUUCACUCAGCAGCUGCAGUGGGAGGGAUGUUCUCGGUUGACUUACAGUUCAGUUUUGAGAUGUGCGAUCCAGAUUUAAUCAAGAUGUUCUGGUUCUAACCUUGAUGGGCAGCUGCACCGUCCCUUUAAAGUCCCAUUUCGAUCCUCUGUUCAUCUAUUAUCAAAUUGUUCCCAGAGGUCUUUUAAUUAUGAGGAUGCCGUUUUUAGCCAAAAUUCA